AUGGCUACAGAAAAUUCAGUCACCGUGCUUAAGCAUUCUCUAGUGUCGCCACCGUCGUCUGCGGCGGCCACUGCAAUGUCUCUCCCUUUAACAUUCCUUGAUAUGCUCUGGUUGCACUUUUCCCCUGUUGAACGCCUCGUCCUUUAUGAAGUACCUCAGCUCUCUAGAGCACAUUUCAUCGAGCACAUUAUUCCUAAGCUUGAACAUUCACUCUCCUUGACACUCCAACCUUUUCUUCCUCUAGCCGGGAAUUUGAUAGUUCCUUCCAAUUCAAAUUCUGCAAACCAUGCACGGAAUUGUUGUGAUUUUCAUCCGCUGAUUCCUGAAUUGAAACCAUCUACUGAGGAUGAUUCCGGAUCCACAGCCAGGAUUACCCCUGUUCUUGCUCUUCAGGUUACAUUAUUUCCAGACUGUGGAAUGUCUAUUGGAAUCUCAAAUCACCACACUGUCGGAGAUGCCGGCAGCAUUUUCAGAUUUAUGAAGACGUGGGCUGCUUUAUGCUCCAAAUGUCUUGAAGAUAAUAUCGACAGAGAUGAUGUUGCAGCAACUCUAGCAAAGACACAAAGGGACUUAACUCAAUUUUUCGGGACCAAGGGGUCGUCUUCUUAA